UGGUUGGACAGUGUGCAGGUGCUUUGUGAACUGAAGAAGCGGUUCUCUGCCGCAAACUCGACGAUGAACCAACAUGGAAGUGUUCGAAGCCCUUACCAACCUCAAGGUCCCUUCAUGAGGUCGAGACCAGGCGGCUCUUCAUCUCCUUACCCUGCACCUGGACAUCAACAUGCCAGUGGGCCCAUGCGUGCUGAACAUUUGAGGAAACGUCCUGGUAUUCAUGCAGGAAGUCCAGCAAGCACACCUGGUGCUCCAGACAGAUCUCGACAACCUCCUGUUGUGAAACGCCGACUUCUUUCAGACAAGAUAUUACCUGAUGCUGUUCGAAAGUUAGUUCCUGAUUCUCAGGCAUAUAUGGAUCUUCUGGCUUUCGAACGCAAGCUUGACCAAACAAUUACAAGAAAAAGACUCGAUAUUCAAGAAGCACUCAAACGUCCAGUCAAAGUCAAAAGAAAAUUGAGAGUUUUUAUCUCAAAUCAGUUCUAUCCACCUAAAGAAGUGGAUGGAAAAGAUGAUGCAGGAAAGGCCUCAUGGGAACUGAGAGUAGAGGGUAGGCUGUUAGAUGAUCCACUUGCAAAGCAACAUGAAGCUUCCAAACACAAGCGUAAAUUCUCAUCCUUUUUUAAAAGUCUGGUCAUUGAACUAGACAAAGAUUUAUAUGGGCCAGAUAAUCAUUUGGUAGAAUGGCAUCGCACUAAUGCAACACAAGAAACAGAUGGAUUUCAGGUCAAAAGGCCAGGGGAUAAAAAUGUUCGUUGUACAAUGCUAUUUAUGCUCAACUACUUGCCACCACAAUACAAAUUAGAUGGAAGAUUAGCUAGAUUGCUUGGGAUCCAUACACAGACACGACCUGUUAUAAUUCAGGCUUUGUGGCAAUAUAUCAAGUCUCAUAAACUGCAGGAUGAGCAUGAGAGAGAAUUCAUCAAUUGUGAUGGAUAUCUUGGACCUAUAUUAGGAGAACGUCGUAUUCGUUUUGCUGACAUUCCACGGCUACUUGGACCGUUACUUCAUCCACCAGACCCAAUCGUUAUUCAUCAUGUUAUUAGUGUUGAUCCAGCAGAUGCAAAGAAACAGUCUUGCUAUGAUAUUGAGGUUGAAGUUGAUGAUACACUAAAGACUCAAAUGAGUUCAUUUCUUCUGUCAUCUUCGAGUCAACAAGAAAUAGCAGAAUUAGAAAGAAAGAUUACUGAUACUGUUAGCAGCGUACAACAACAUAGAAUACAAAGAGAAUUCUACAUGGGAUUUUCUGACAAUCCACAGGAAUUCAUUGGCGAUUGGCUUGAAUCUCAGUGCAGAGACUUGAAGACAAUGACUGAUGUUAUGGGCAGUAAAGAAGAAGAAAGACAUGCUGAUCAUUAUUUUGCACAUUGGUCACAAGAAGCUGUUACACGAUACUUUUACACGAAGGUGCAACAACGUCGACUGGAAUUAGAGCAAGUGUUGAAAAGUGCGAACGUUUGAAACUAUCAAUCAUAGGUUUGGGAUGCCUACUCUAACGAUUACAUCAGGAGACUUGAAUCUAAAUACCUAGUUAUGGUUUUGUCUCAAAGAUCGAUUUGUUAAACCAAGGGGUUAAAUUACAGUGUCACACUUUUUUCAGUCUGUUAUGUUUAUAUGAUAUGAAUACAUCAGAAGACUGAUACUUAAGUUGUGGUCAUUAGACCCAAUGCUGCCUUCUGUUAUGUUGAACUGGGGAUUUAAAUGCAAUGUCACACUUUUUGUCAGUCUGUUUUGUAAUAAAGGAUUUUCUUAUUAAA